AGCUAUUUUGCCGUUGCACAGGUCUGGAAAGUGCUGCGCCCGGCAUCCCCGGGGAUAACGUUACCCCCCAAAUCUCCCACUUCUGUCGGCGAAUCAACAAACUAUGAAGGACAUGUCUUGAAAUUCAACACAGUUGUUUGAAAACAUCUGACAGCAAGGCAGUAGGGAAUUUGGGGGUUUGGUAGAACCACUGCCUGCUGCAACAAAAUCCAGAGGUGUAUCUAUCAUGCAUUAUUCAAUUGUGAUGGCCAAGCUCCGGGGCUUUGAGUUCUGGAGGAUAAGUCUGAAAGAGGCAAGCUUUGUGGUGGCACCCAUGGUGGACCAGAGUGAACUGGCCUGGCGCCUGCUUAGUCGUCGACAUGGUGCUCAGCUAUGCUACACCCCCAUGCUGCAUGCUCAGGUGUUUGUCCGUGAUGCCAACUACCGGAGGGAAAACCUCUACAAUGAAGUUUGUGAGGAGGACAGACCUCUGAUCACACAGUUUUGUGCCAAUGAUCCGGAGGUGUUCCUUCAGGCAGCUCUGCUGGCCCAAGACUACUGCGACGCCAUUGACCUCAACCUGGGCUGUCCACAAAUGAUAGCUAAGAGAGGGCACUAUGGAGUUUUUCUACAGGAUGAAUGGGAACUUUUAGAGAAAAUGGUCAGGUUAGCCAAUGAAAAGCUUUCAGUGCCAGUCACAUGCAAGAUUCGUGUGUUCGAGGAGAUUGAAAAGACAGUCCACUAUGCCCAGAUGCUGGAGAAAGCUGGAUGUCAGCUGCUGACAGUGCACGGAAGAACCAAAGACCAGAAAGGCGCCAUGACAGGUAUUGCUAGCUGGGAGCACAUCAAGGCAGUACGGAAGGCAGUGAAUAUUCCAGUGUUUGCAAAUGGCAACAUUCAACACCUGAGUGAUGUGAAACGCUGCAUUCAGGAAACAGGAGUGCAGGGAGUUAUGAGUGCAGAGGGGAACCUCCAUAACCCAGCAGUGUUUGAGGGUCGCAGUCCCCCAGUGUGGGAAAUGGCUGAGGAGUAUCUAGAGUUGGUAAAACAGUACCCUCCCUGCAGUCUGUCCUACGUACGAGCACACCUCUUCAAGCUCUGGCAUCACACACUGCAGAUCCACCAAGACCUGAGGGAGGAGUUGGCCAAAGUGAAGACCCUUGAGUGUUUGGCUGAUGUCAGCAGACGGCUGAGACUGCGCUGCCAGGAGGAGAUAGCAAGAGGCAAAGAUUUGGAAGAGACAGAGGGUUGCCUGCCUUUCCCCCACUGGAUCUGCCAACCAUAUGUUAGACCUGUGCCAAAGGAGCCAGUUGCCAAUGGUAACAGCCAGGGGUCAGAGGUGAAGAAGACAGUGUGCCAGAAAAGGGCACUAGAGGUCUCUGAUGGAUCUGCUGACACUCUCUCCAAAAACAAGCAGAAGAAGAGAUCCCGCAACCCCAACAAGAACUUCUGUCCCAAGCAGAGACCAAAGUACAUCAAGUGUGAACAGUGUGGGAACCCAAAGGGAAAUAAGUGUGUCUUCAACCUGUGCCGAGGCUGCUGUAAGAAGAAGGCCUACAAGGAGGUGGCAGACUGUCCAAGCCAUGGGCUGAGGUUCAAGACCAAGGCAGAGAAACGGAAAGCUGAGAAGGAUGAGACAAAGGAGGACUCAGAGAAAAGCAGCAGCUCCCCUCAGCCUAUCCCAGAUCCAAGCACAGCGCUACAGGAGCAAGCACAGCUGCCACUAUGAGCAACACUAUGGCUAUCUUUGCAUGCACAGACUAUACUGCUGUUUUUAAGAUUCUGAGCUGUCACAUGUAAAAGUCUAACCCAGUUAAGAUUGAUUCUCUGGUCAGAACAUUUUAAGACACAAUACCAUACAAAACAUUUUGUUAUGGAUAAAACGAAGUAGGUGCGCAACAUAUUUCAGCUAUCUUGGUCUUUAUCAAGUUGUCCUACCAGACCACAAAUAGUUUAGAUCUAAUGUUCAUCAUAGUAAAGAUCAAUACAGCAAGGCUGUUGUGUGGGCUCCCUUUGAUUUCUUUGCUGGUAAUGAACACAUGACAAACAAGGUGUUGGGCAAUAAAAAGAUCCAAAUGGAGGGUAAAAACAUCAAGUAAGCAGGUUGAUGUGUGCAUGUAGAGGUAGCCAGUGAUUUGCCGGGUCAUUAUACUGGACUAUAUGCUGUACAUAGUUGUGCCUGGUACUUUAAGUAAACUCAAGGACGAGUGUUCUCCAAAAAAAGACUGAUGGUGUGAGGAUGACAUUGCUCAGUAGACCAAAACCAUAAACUAAUAUUUUUAUGGGAUGCAGAUUUAUAGGAAAAUUAAAAAGCUUGUGAUAUUUUUGGCUGAGGAGUUGGGAAGUUUUGUCAUGAAAAGGAGUUCAUUCUUUUCUGUAAAUCUUUUAUUUUAUUUUUUUCUGUUGAAGGACUAUGUAAAUUUCAGGUGUUAUUUUGGCCAGAGUUGUUACUUAGCCACUGAAGUUUAAAGAUUCAAUAACUGUCAGGCUGAUGGAGAAAAUUAGCAUAUCCUCACAGAUUUUAUAAUUUUUUUAUUUACUGUCAUGAAUGUGGUUGAAUUUGUUUAAGGUUUACUUGUAGUGCACUGACCGCUGCCUAAUCAUAUACGAACUUAAGGUCAAAGUGGUGGCCACUCUACUGCUGUCUACUAACUGCUCAGUGAUUUCACAGUUCCAAAAAUGUUUUUAAAGCUGCUUCUCGCCUGUAUAAUUGUGCAUUGUGUAAAAAUGAUCACUGAUAUUUUGGGAAAUAUUUUCAUCUUAAAGCUCAUUAUCAAAAGCAUAUUUCUAAGUGUUUAGCAUAGCUUAGCACAACAAUUAGAAGGUAGCCAAAUGCCAUCAAAAGUGGAGAAAAAUCUAACCUAAAAUUAUUUUUUUUGCACAUUUGCACACUGUGUUUGUGUAUUUGACACAAAUAAAAAAUGACAUAUGGUGACAGACUUUUGCUGUUAACUAGCUUGCUUGCUAACAAAAAAAAAUAGGAUUCAAAACCUUUUAAAAGGCUUUUAAGGGUUUUUUUUUUUCUUUUCUUGGAGGCUAGCUCUUUCCUGUGGUUUCUAGUUUUGGUGCAAAGCUAGCCUAAAAAUGGUGUUACUGAACCACUAAAUAGUUCAGUAUUUUGGGAAAUACUCUCACUUUGUUGCUGAGAGUUUGGUGAAAACAUUGAUACCGCCCUCAUGUCUGCAAGCUAAAUAUAUAGUGUAGCUUAGCACAAAGACUACACACGGGGGAAAACAGCCAUCCAGACUCUGUCCAGAGGUAAUAAAAUCCAUUGGUACUGUUAGGAAUAGCCAAGUUCCCUGCUUUCUAGUCUUGUGCUAAGCCAAGCUCAUAAGAUUCUGCCUCGUUUUAGGUAAAGGUGGGUAUGGUUGCAACACUUUUGCACUUUGCUCACUUAGAGACUAUGUCUACUAGACCUACACAAUUUUAGUAUGCUAAACAUACUGUAUAUCUGUCAGCUUACCCAUGCCAUUAAAAUGUCCAAUUAUAAUAAAUUCAUCAUUUGAAUUUGACGGGAAUAAGUCAGAUGUACCUAACCCCAUACCAGGGGUCAGUUACAACAGUCAUUAAAAUAUAUUAAAAUAGUACUAAUUGACUGACAUUUGUCUGGAUUUUUAAACUGUUUUAGUAACAGUGUAUUGCAUCUGUAAAAAUCAUUUGUUUCGUUUGUGACUCUCCUGGGGAUCCAGUAG